ACUAAACGUUUGAUUUACGAUUAAAUCGAAUCGAUUACAAAAUUACUUUAACUUAACGAAAUUGUAGCUAAUUUUUAUAAAUAAAAUCGCACCGAUUGGCAGUAAUAAAUCUCUACAUAAUCUUACAAAUUUCGUCAUACUGUCUAGAGUGCAGUGCAGUACAAAGCAGAACGGAAAAUGAUUGUGAAACGAUUAAUCGAGAUUUUAAUCGGAUGCUGAAUUGUUUUUAUCUGUGAUCCCCAACCAAUGGUUGUCAUUGAAUGAAAAUGUUAUCGACGUUUUCCCAGAGUUUUGGAACGUGAAUUGAGAUCGAAAAAAGGAAUAAACAAACAUUGGCAUUUGUAAAUAAAAUACAAAAUUAGUUAAUUACUUUUUAUCAUUCUUGUAAUGUGAGUUAUUAAUAAUCAUGACGGAUCGUUCAAUAGCGUCCCGACCGAGCAUGGAGCAAGUGAUGGCCAUCGUGGAGUUCAUGGAGAAGCACCCGGCGCUGGCGCUGGGGCAGCUACGCGGGCUGGAGGGCCGCGACGAGAGCAAGAAGCUGUGGCUGCAGCUCACCAUGACCGUCAACAACCUCUCCGGGCCCACCAGGCCUAUGAAGUCUUGGGUUAAGUAUUGGGCAGAUAAAAAGUCCACAGUCCGGGCAAAAGUGCAGUCAACAGGAGGGGACCCUAACACCCUCUGUUCAAACAUAGAGAAGAAGAUUUGGGAUCUGUUUCUAGCCAAUGAUAGUACAAGCACAAAACAGAGAAACACAUCAGUAAAGCAGGAAACUCAUUUUCUGGAUGAGAAUUUCUUCAACGAAGAUAGCAUAGACCAAGACCACGAAGAGGACCCGGUCCUGGCAUUUGAAGAACCAAUUGUUGAUAUUGAGGAUCGGCAAAUGGCUAUUAUGGAUAAAUUGGUAAAAGUGAUGAGUGAGCAAGCAUCGGCUCUGACGCAGAUGGCGCGCGCAUCGCAAGUGCACUCGCAAGCGAUGGAGCGCCUUGCAGACGCCUCACACAUUCAGGCGCGCGCGGUCGAGCGGUUAGCGGGCUCGCUAGAGGCGGUAGGCGGCGCGUCGCACGCCGUGCGCGACGCCAUCGUCGACAUCGACGCCAGCCUCAAGCGGUUCUACUCCGCCUCGCCCACGUAGCAUAGUGAGUGUCUCCUAUACUCGGACACUGAGGCGGCCGGACGAGGGUCCACUCGGAUACUCUAGUGUGCGUAAGGCCUCAGCCUCGAGUUUAGCGGGCAGCGGGGCGGGAGCGGCGGCGGCGCGGGAGCGGGGCGGGCAACGCAGACCCGUUCUCGAAACAAGCGGGCAGCUCGCGCGGCGCUUUAGCGGCGAAGUGUUGUGUUCGGGGUUGUGUUGGCGAGAUAUUUGUUUUUAUUCGCAAACGAAAUGUCUGAACAACGGCGACAAUUUUAUUUCGAUUCAAAUUUAUUCCUAACGCUCGAUUUAUUGUGGGCAAAAGAAGGAGUGCGCUGCCCGCUCGUUGCCCGCUCCCGCGCCGCUGUUUUCGAGAACCGGUCUAUUUGAUUUUACGCAUAAGAUCCUGCCGCUCCCGCGCCGCCGCCGCUCCCGCCCCGCUGCCCGCUAAACUCGAGGCUGAGGCGGCCUCAGUCAGAUUGCAAUAGAGAGGCGGGCUUGGCGUUUGCGUCUACGACCUGGUCGAGUUAACUGCGCGAUGGGCAGCCGUGACGU